AUGUCUCGCACGUAUUUGAAGCGUGAGUUGAGUCUAAUAACGAAGCAGAGUGGGGCCAGAUACUUCUCGGGGACUUCCCGCAAGUACAACGAUCAUUUAGCAAAGAUAUUUGAUGAUCAGAAAUAUUUUAUUGAAUUCAAUAAAACAUUACAUUCCAAACCACUUUUCAGAACAACUCCUCAGGUUGGAUUAUUCAAGAACAAUCAUUUGACUACACCUAAUGGGCUCAUUGAAUUUUCGAAAAAAUCGUUGAUUGAAGCUAAAAAUUUGGUUGAAUCAAUGAAUUCUCAAUUCCAUCUUAAUCAACAAGGAAAAUUAUCUUAUAUUAGUAAAUUAGAUGAAUUAAGUGAUAUUUUGUGUCGAGUGAUUGAUGUGGCAGAGUUUAUUAGAGUGGCACACCCAAGUCAAAAAUGGAUAAAUGCUGCUCAACAAACUCAUGAAAUCAUGUUUGAAUAUAUGAAUCAAUUAAAUACCAAUGUUGAAUUAUAUCAAAAUUUGAAAGAUGUUUUAAAUGAUCAAUCAUUAAUUGAUCAACUCUCUCUGGAAGAGAUUAAAGUUGGUGAAUAUUUAAAAGAAGAUUUCGAAAGAAGUGGUAUUCAUAUGGAUCCAACAACAAGAUCGAAUUUUGUCGCAAUUACUCAAGAAAUAUCCUUAUUAGGAUCCCACUUUAAUAAUGAAUUACAUAAUUUAGAAAGUUAUUGGUGUGAAUUAUCCAUUGAAGAAUUUAAUUCAAUUAAAGAAACAAAUUUAAAAUAUGAAAUUAAUAAAAUUCAGUCAAAUUUACCAAAAACUAAAAACUCAAAUAAAAUUUAUAUUCCUUUAACCGGUCAUUUACCUUAUUCAAUCUUAUUUACAUGCUCAAACGAAUCCAUAAGAUCAAGAAUUUGGAUUGCUUUACAUAAUUCAUCCAACGAUCAAAUUUCAACUUUAAAUUCAUUUUUGAAAUAUAGAGCUACUCUAGCUAAAAUGUUGGGUUAUAAGUCUUUUGCCCAUUACCAAUUAGAACAUAAAAUGUCAAAGACUCCUGAAAAUGUUAUAAGUUUCUUACAAAACUUACAAAAAAAUUUGAAAAAUAAAAAUGGCGGGGUUAUUGACGAAAUUAAAAAAUUAUAUGAAUUGAAAAAUGAUAAAACCUGUAAUGAUUCAAAUGAAAUUUUCAAUAAUAUAAAACCUUGGGAUCGCGACUUCUUAUUAGCUAAAUUACAAUCGAAAACUAAUCAGAACUUAUCAACUUUACCCGAUAUCUCGAAAUAUUUAUCUGUUGGUACCAUUAUAAAUGGUUUGAAUCAAUUAUUUCAAAAAAUAUAUAACAUUGAAUUAAAACCAAUUCCAACUUCUAGAGGAGAAACUUGGGAUCAUAACCAAGUCAGAAAAAUUGAAGUGUUCAAUAAGUCAACUAACAAAGAAAUGGGUUAUCUUUAUUUAGAUUUCUGGUCUGCAAAAGUAUUACCUUCACAUUUUACAAUCACUUGUUCCAGAUUACUUGAUCCUUAUCAAACUGAUUCGAAUGAAAAAUUAGAAAAAAUGAAAAAUUUGGUUCAUGUCGAUUCAAAUAACGAAAAACAAUUACCAGUUAUUUCGUUGGUUUGUAAUUUUGCUAAACCUCAACAACUUAGCAUUGGUAGGUUUGCUGGUGUUGAUCGUACCACACCAACCUUACUUUCAUUAGACCAAGUAGAUACCAUUUUCCACGAAAUGGGUCAUGCAAUGCAUUCGAUGAUUGGUUCAACCAAUUUACAUAACUUAUCUGGUACAAGAUGUCUGACCGACUUUGUUGAAUUACCUUCAGUUUUAAUGGAAUUUUUCAGUAAAGACCCAAGAGUCUUAUGUAAAAUUGCUAAACAUUAUGAACUGGGUGAACAUCUUCCAAUUGAUUUAUUAAAUCAAUACCAAAACCAUCGUAUCAUUUUAGAUCAAUGUGAAACCUACAUGCAAAGUAAAAUGGCCAUGUUGGAUCAAGUAUUACACGGUGAACAAGUUGUGGACUUUUUAAAUCAUCAACUGUUUAAUAAAUUCGAUUCAACGUCAAUUUAUCAUCAAGUUGAAAAAAAUUUACAAGUUUUCGCUGAUCAAUGGUCCACUUGGCAUGGUAAAUUCCCCCAUCUAUUCAGUUAUGGUGCAGUUUACUAUUCUUACCUAUUAGAUCGGGCCAUUGCUGAUAAAGUUUGGAGUACCCUUUUCGCAACUGAUCCUUGGUGUCAAAAUGCCGGUUUGAAAUAUAAAGAAAGUAUUUUGAAGUGGGGUGGUACCAAAGACCCUUGGGAUUGUUUGGCUGAUGCCCUCAACGAUCCUUCAAUCUCCAAAGGUGACUCCAAUGCCAUGAUCACCAUUGGUGAAAAUAUUUAA